AUGGCAGCAGAUGGCCGGAGACGAGCAAACAAAAGUCUCGAGACCCUUCUCGAUAACGACAAGGUUGUCGCUCCGCCACCGCAGCUGCAAGUCAAGUUGUUGCCGGGACAAGGCUUGGAAUUCAACAACUUGUCAUAUAGUGUUCUAAAGAAGUUUAAAAAGGAUGGUGUUUGGAUCAAAAGAGAAGCUUAUCUUUUGAAUGAUAUCUCUGGACAAGCGAUGCGAGGUGAAAUCAUGGCUAUCAUGGGGCCGAGUGGCGCUGGGAAAUCGACAUUUCUUGAUGCCUUGGCUGGUCGGAUGGCGAAAGGAAGCCUUGAAGGAUCUGUUAAGAUUGAUGGAAGACCUGUGACUGCAAGUUACAUGAAGAUGGUUUCAUCUUAUGUUAUGCAAGAUGACCAACUCUUCCCAAUGUUAACUGUGUUUGAAACAUUCAUGUUUGCAGCUGAGGUCAGGCUUCCAUCCUCUAUUUCUAGGGAUGAAAAGAAGAACAGAGUUUACGAGCUCAUCGACCAACUAGGUCUACAGAGUGCCAUGCAUACAUAUAUAGGUGAUGAAGGGAGGCGAGGAGUGUCGGGAGGCGAACGACGAAGAGUGUCGAUAGGAAUCGACAUCAUCCACAAACCGUCGCUCUUAUUUUUGGACGAGCCGACCUCGGGGCUUGAUUCUACGAGUGCUUAUAGUGUAGUAGAGAAGGUGAAAGAGAUAGCUCGAAAUGGCAGCAUUGUUCUGAUGACCAUUCAUCAACCUUCUUACAGAAUUCAACUACUACUUGAUCGCAUCACUGUUCUUGCCAGGGGGAGAUUGAUAUACGUUGGAAAUCCAUUCAACCUUUCUGCUCAUCUCUCUGGCUUUGGAAGGCCAGUGCCAGAUGAUGAAAAUGGCAUAGAAUAUCUAUUGGAUGUGAUCAAGGAAUACGACGAAUCAAAUGUCGGGUUGGAGCCUCUCGUGCUAUACCAACGACACGGUAUCAAACCCGAUCUAGUUGCAAAGACUCCUGUUUCGAAAACACCUAAAGCUCCUUACAAAAACGGUCUGGGGCCAGGACCGAAGUUCCUAAACCUUCGUAGUCAAGCAUUCUCCAUGACAUCAGGGCCAAACUCGAGCCAAUUUGAUUCAGCAUAUGGAUAUGAUGAUAACGAGGACGAUGACUUUGAUAAAUCUCUCGAACGUAAAUCAGCUAGAACUCCGAUGAAUAGUCGUAGCGGUGUUUACUACCCUCCUUUAGCAUCUCAAUUCUACAAAGAUUUAUCUGCUUGGGUCUAUAAUGGUGUUAAAGGAACUCCUGGUCGACGACCAUCGUGGACUCCUGCAAGGACGCCGGGACAAACACCAGGAAAAACACCUAUAUCCGGAGUUAGAAGUGUCGUUUCGAGUCAAUUUCCGUCAUCUCAUCAAACGACUACUCAUGCAAAAAUACCUUCCGUCUUCAACAUGUCAAUGGACUCUCAUUUACCUUCUUUUGAAGAGUUGGACCUGGAAGAAGUUCUUGAUGAGCCAGACCAUGGUCCCAAAUAUGCAAAUCCUUGGCUCCGUGAGGUCGUCGUGCUUUCAUGGAGGACGAUGCUCAACGUGAUCCGCACCCCAGAAUUGUUUCUAUCUCGCGAGAUUGUAUUGACAGUAAUGGCGAUAAUUCUUUCGACGAUGUUCAAAAAUCUCGGGCAUGCUACGUUUAGAGACAUCAACAGACUUCUCAACUUCUACAUCUUUGCAGUUUGUCUCGUUUUCUUUUCCUCAAACGACGCUGUCCCGACAUUCAUUCAAGAAAGAUUCAUCUUCAUCAGAGAGACAUCUCACAAUGCAUAUCGAGCUUCGUCAUACGUCAUUUCCUCCCUCAUUGUCUAUCUCCCAUUUUUCGCGAUUCAAGGCUUCACAUUUGCAGCCAUAACCCAAUUCUGGCUACACUUGAAAAGCAACCUGUUCUUCUUCUGGAUAUCACUUUUUGCCUCACUCAUCACAACAAAUGCAUAUGUUAUGCUUGUGAGUGCGUUGGUACCAAGCUAUAUCACAGGCUAUGCAGUUGUAAUAGCCACCACAGCCAUUUUCUUCCUCACUUGUGGAUUCUUCCUGAAACGAACUCAAAUACCAAUAUACUGGAGAUGGCUUCAUUACAUCUCAGCAAUAAAGUAUCCAUUUGAAUCCUUGUUGAUCAACGAAUUCAAAGGGACAAGAUGUUAUCAAGGAAAUCCCAACGAUCUUUCGCCCGGGCCGUUGGGAGAUGUUAGGAUUAGCAAGCUGCACAAUGUUUCUAGAGAUUUGCAGCCAAACUGCAUGCUGAUCGGAGAAGACGUUCUGUUCUCGAUGGACAUUAAUAUGCGAAAUAUAUGGUAUGACAUUGGUAUCUUACUAGCUUGGGGGGUGCUUUACCGGCUGUUCUUCUAUGUGGUUCUUAGAUUUUACUCCAAGAAUGAGAGGAAAUGAAGCAAGCAUCAUCUUUGUAUAUCUCUAGGCUUUUGAAUGGGAAUAAGUUGAAGAUUGUAAUGCCACCAGAGUCGCUUUCCAGAGGCUGAAUCAAAAAAACAAGAAACAAGCCAAGUCAU